AUGAGCUGGUUCUGGGGAAGCAACAGCAGAUCAAAUGGCCAAGACGAACUCGAUCCCUCCCUCCGCGACUUCUUGAAAAAGGAAGCCCCAAUAGGCCCCAAACCAUCACUACCAGCUGCGCCAUCGAAACCAAAGCACGCCGAAGAAUCCCCCACGCCUACAGAGGCGCAGCCACAAGCCACACAACCUCAAAAGCCUAUCGUUCCCCCAGAGUCCCAAUUCCAAGAUGGCCGUUACGCCGACCUUUGGAAAAAUUACACACCCCAGCACAUCGUUGCAGACCGAGGCAAGAAUGAGCAAGAUCGACUGCGUGACCUGAUCGACGCCUACAAUGAGCGGCGCGGCGCAAUUGGACGCAUAGCCAUGGAAAACUGCGCCCUGGAAUACAUGGAGCAAUUCGAGUGUUGGCGGAGUCCACAAUCGUGGUGGCAGCAGGGCACAAUGUGCACAGCCGAGUCGCGGCGCUUCAACAGGUGUUAUGAUCUUCAGACUAAGUUCCUCAAGGCGCUGGGGUACAUGACGAUGGAGGAGCGGAGCCCGGAAGACGAUGAGCGGAUUCAGAUGCAUGCGGAUAAGCUGUAUCAGCAGAUGCUUGCGCAGGAAAAGGAGAUGGAAGAGGCAAAGAAGGAGGGGAGGCCCGUACCCAAGUUCGGGAGCCUGCUGAGUAAAGAAAAUGUUGCGCAAGCCAUGGUUAGUAGUGGACCGAAGUCGACAGCGCCAACGCCCACCGAGCCAGGGUUUAAUCUUAAUAAUGAUAUCUGGGGCCAGAUUAAGCCAGAUGUAAGGAAGGAGUACGAGAAGAAGCUCGCGGAAAUGCAGCCGGAGGAGAGGGAAGUGGAGCGCCUGGCGGUGUUGGGGGAGCUCAGGGCUUCGCAGGGUGUGGCAAAGCAGGUGGAGGAGACGUUUGUCUCUGAGCGAAUAGAACGCAUGAAGAGGAAGCAAGCCGGUCAAGCUACGAUAGGAGAUAUGAUCAAGACAUGGUGGGGCUGGGGCUGA